UUAAAAAACUGGCACCACGCCACCGCUGUAGUUCUGUACUUCCGGCUAAUCGUCGGUACCGUCGGUGCCCGUCCUUUUUCUCGUGUGCGCUGCAUAAACAGCUUCUAACACAAUGGGCAAGAGAAAUAAUAUGAUCCCUAAUGGGCACUUCCACAAAGAUUGGCAAAGAUUUGUCAAAACCUGGUUCAAUCAGCCAGCCAGAAAGUACCGGCGCAAGCAAUGUCGUGUGAAGAAAGCUCGUUCAGUAGCUCCAAGACCUGUCAAGCUGUUGAGACCUAUUGUCCACUGCCCAACAUUUCGGUAUCACACGAAAGUUAGAGCUGGUAAAGGUUUUACACUGGAGGAACUUAAAGCCAGUGGGUUAAACAAGAGAUUUGCCAGAACAAUUGGCAUUGCUGUAGACCCAAGGAGGAGAAACAAAUCUGUCGAGUGUUUGCAGACGAAUGCUCAAAGAUUAAAGGAAUACAAGUCUAAGUUGAUUCUAUUCCCAUUGAAUGAGAAGAAACCUAAGAAGGGUGAUGCUACGGAGGAGGAGAUGAAACUGGCAACUCAACUUAAAGGAGAGAUCAUGCCGGUCAGACAUCAAGCACCGGCUAAAGCUAAGGCACGUGUUAUUGCCGAGGAUGAAAGGAAAUUCUCAGCAUACAUAACGCUCCGCAAAGCUAGGGCCGAUGCCCGAUUAGUAGGAAUUCGAGCUAAACGGGUGAAGGAUGCUGCAGAGAACCCUGAUGAUGUUACCAAGGUUGCUAAGGAUAAGAAGCCCAAGAAAUAAUCUGGAAGAUCGUGACUUUGUACAAAAAUAAACGAAAUAAAUUCUCCUAGGAGGAAUCAAUA